AUGGCCAGCACGACACAAUCCCCAGAGACUCUAACCUCAGCUCUGACCACAAUCUUCACACCGCCCUCCUCAUGCCUCCAACGGACAUACACCCUCUCCCCCUCCGGACUGGACCACACCGACGCACCCACCGACGGCGUCCUCUCAAUCUGGAAAGGCUACACCCUCGACUGCUUUCCCACCGAAGCAGUCCUCGACGACGGCUGGGUCUACAUCUCCCCCGGCAUUUGCCCCUCCGCCUACUCCAUCGCCUCGCAAUGGAUGAGCGGCGCAGCGACCAUGGCGACGUGCUGCCCCUGGUACAUGCACGUCUCCGAAGUCCACUACGACUGCGCCUCGUGGCCCGAGACGACCUCCGUCGAAGUCGUGGGGAACGGCACGACCGUCACGACGAGUGGGUAUGCGUGGGAUACGCCUAUAGUUAUUGCCUGGGAGAGUAAGGAUUUGUCGCUGUUUCCGCAUCAUCCUACGGAGACAGGGGAGUGGAAUGUUGCAAAGGGCAUUACGGCUCCACCGUCACCUACUACUGUGCCGCCGAUUACGGUGACUGAUAAUGGGAUGUUUAUUACCGCGGAUGUGAUUGAGGGGUCUGGUGGGGGUGGCCUUUCGACAGGGGCGAAGGCUGGUGUUGGUGUUGGGGUAGCAGCGUUCGUGAUUCUAGCGAUUGUAGCUGGAUUCAUCCUCUUCUGGAGACGGAGACGAGCGAAGAAAGCAUUAGCAGCAGCCCAAGCAAACGAAGACGAUGCACCUGCAGAACUGCCAGGCUCGACCUCACAUGCGAAGCAACUCGACAGCAAGGCAAUCCACGAGAAAGCAGCAACAGAUCUAGCCCACGAAGCCGGGGGAUACACCCUCAGUCACGAGCUGACGGGAACCCAGCCUGAAAACACAUUUCUGCGAGCGGAGCUGGAAGGUAGUACGCAGCCAGAGUUGGCGGGCGAUCCAAAGACUGGGCUUGGUGAUGUGGGUAGGCGAGAACUUGAAGGCGAUAUCAAGACUGUUGGAGACGGUGAAAAGGCCGAGUUGGAAGGCGAUUUGAAGAAGCCGCCUGAUUAUGAGAGUUCGCGGGAUUAUACUGGGGAUGUUGCUAAGACUGAUCGCUGA